AUGUCGUUGAACCGCGUAGCAUCCGUCGAGACGUUCCAGUUCGUUCCUCAAGCGCAGGGCUCGAGACGAGGAAGCGAUGCCUCGAGUGUAAGGGCUGGAAGGCUGACCUUCAACCCCCUCCCCGACGAGUGGGAUCCCGCGGCGAACAGGCCCGACACCGUCCUCGCCGUCGGUGCUUUUGAAGUUCCGCAAUGGAAGAGAAUCCUCCAAGUCAUUGUUGCGGUAAUAUACUGCCUCUUCGCGGCCGGAGUCGCUUUCGGCUUCGCGGCGCUGAAGCCGGUCCUCAAGCGCGAAGGCGCCUACAGCGACAUAUGCUCCGCCGAUGACCCCGAUUCGGCCCCGGACGACACGUGCGUUGAGAUCCAUCUCAACCUGAUGUUCACGGUGGCAGCCGUCGGCACCAACAUCGCCGCUCUGCCGGUUGGUGCUCUGCUUGACCAUGCGGGGCCCCGCGUUUGCGGACUGGUGGGCAGCUUCUUCCUGAUCGUGGGCUCGCUCCUGAUGGCAUACGCCAAGAGCCUGCCAUUCGACGGGUUCCUCAUCGGAUACCUCGCGCUGGCGCUCGGCGGCCCGUUCACCUACAUCUCGUCCUUCCAGCUGUCCAACGCCUUCCCCAAGCACUCUGGGCUCAUCCUCGCCCUCUUGACGGGGGCCUUCGACGCCUCCAGCGCUCUGUUCCUCGUCUACCGUCUCAUCUACCAGGCGACCGAGGGCACCUUUGGCCACGAAAGCUUCUUCAAGGUGUACCUGGUCGUCCCACUUCUCAUCAUCGUCGCCCAGUUUGCGUUGAUGCCCAAGCAGUCGUACAAGACGGUGGGGGAGCUGGUCGAGCUGCAGGAGGAGACGGUCGCGGCGAACGACGCCGACCUGGAGCCGUACGACGACCAGGUCGACGAGAACACGGCGCUCCUGCGAGAGGAGCGCCGCCAGCGCGAGACCGUCGUCGCCGACAUUGAGCAGCUCCUGGGCACCCAGAAGGCGGACAAGCAGAACCGCCGGGAGGAGGAGAAGAAGAACGAGACGUCGGGCGUCUGGGGCGUGAUGCACAACCGCACCGCGCUGCGGCAGAUCGCCUCGCCGUGGUUCGUCCUCAUUUGCAUGUUCACCGUCAUCCAGAUGCUCCGCAUCAACUACUUUGUCGCCACCAUCCGCGCCCAGUACGAGGUCAUCUUUGGCGACCACGACAAGGCCGUCGAGAUCAACAACUUCUUCGACGUCGCCCUGCCGGUGGGGGGCAUCCUCUCCAUCCCCUUCAUCGGCGUGCUGCUCGACCACACCAGCACCGUCACCGUGCUCGCCGCCCUCGUCACCAUCGCCACCACCAUUGGCGUCCUGGGCGUCAUAAACAACAUGUGGGCGGCGUACCUCCAGGUCUGCCUAUUUGUGCUGUACCGCCCGUUCUACUACACCGCCGUCUCCGACUACAGUGCCAAGGUCUUUGGCUUCGAGACCUUUGGCACCGUCUACGGCACCAUCAUCUGCCUGUCGGGCCUGUUCAACUUCUUGCAGUCCGGGCUCGACGUCUUGUUCCACCAGACCUUUGGCGGCGACCCCGUGCCGGUCAACGUCAUUCUGCUCUCGGCCGGCUUCGCCGUCGGCGUCAUGCUCGUCGGGUACGUGGCGCUCAAGGCCCGGAGGUUGAAGCGCAAGAUGCUGGAGCAGGAGGCCGAGGCCAUGGCCGGAUUCCACAACUGA